AUGAACGAUUCUACAAUCUUGGAUCGUUUGAGGUCAUUCAAGAUUUUUGAUAUAGUGGAGUUUGGUGUUGGAGAGGCAGCAACUAUAUCUGCAACAGUGGUAUCGAACCAGUCUGUUACUGCAGCUUAUCUUUGGAAAGUUACUUCCUGCUUUACUUGGAAUCAUCCACCGGCACUUCCCGAUAUCUUUACGAUCGAUCUGUGGAGAUUACAUGUUGCUAAUGUUUUCAUCAUUCAACAGCGAAGCCGAUUGGUUAUGUCACUCACCACACGUGAGGUCACUGAACUGCCAUUGUUCCCGUCCGUUCUAAUGCUCCAUGAUGUUGAUGUCAAACUAACCUUUUCUCUAACUGGUGUCAAUGAACUACUCAACGUCUCUAUUACAGGCACGUGGCGACUGAGUAGAGAAGGAGUGCCCGUUAUAGCCAACUGGCUUGGUCCAUCACUUUGUUUGUCCUUUCCCAAAGCUCCUUCAUUUCUAGAUGUUUCUAGCGUUACGAUGCAUGUCAUCGCGCAGGGAUUUUGGAAUAGCAUAGCGUCUACACUAACUGCUGCCGGAUUGCAAGGCUUACUUCGUAUGGAAGACAUGGACAUAAACGGGGACUUGAUCAACAUGUUGAAUUGCUACAAACGACUUGUGUUAACUGUUACCAGUAUAACAAAGACGGAACUGUUGGGAAGAAUGGUUACUCAAUUUUUCUUACACGUUCAACUCACAUCGUCUACCACUCCUGCUACAAUUCAAACCAAUAUUACAGAAAAUAGCCUUUCCGCACGACCAGAGAUCAUUGCGAUGCUAGUAAGUGAAAUAGAUUCAAGCUCUUCCGCUUUUACCAGUCUCAUUAACAAUUAUAUUGGCAUUGACAUUUCUACGCUCAAACUUAAACAGCCAAUCCAACUCGAAGGCAUCUUGGUUGUUUCAUCAGUUUCUUUCAGCCAGCAAGACAUUACAGGAAUGAAAAUUCAUCGACUUGCUUCUUGGUGCGGAGAAAUCAAACAAGGCCUGACAGCAAUCGUUUCUAUCAAUUUGUCUUCUAACUCAAAAACAUUAUUUCAAAUAUACUGGGGUAAUACAAUAAAGACAAGACUGUGUGCGAGAGGGAUCUCUUCGGUAACACCCAUCUCUUUCAUCACAUCUUUUCAUCCAUCCCAGCUGCCAUCUUUCCAAUCUCUUUUCUUUGUACUGAGAAACGUGGGCAUUACAAUUCCACGGCCAACUAGCUUGAGAUAUCUGGUCAGUGAGAAGAACGUUGUGUUUGAUUUUCAUGUCCAUCAAAAGCUUACUUUAAUACCAAAACUGACGCAAGUGUGUCUCACCAAUUUUCAAGUAAAGGUUCCUGUUCAAAACAUAAGCUUUCCUUCGGUUACAGCCUUAGUUGAUUGGAAUUUGGGAUCGUUUCGUUGGUCCGGUGUAUCUUUCACUAUAAAAGAUUCCAUUCUUCAAGUUAAAUGGACUGGCCAAACACUAAACAUUGGAGACUUUGUAUCCAACUUAGGACUUAGCUUCCGUCGAAACUCCUUUCUUUCACAGCUCAAAGACGCUCAUUUUCUUAACUUUGACAUCAAGAAUCCUUCUGUUUCACUCACGUACUCUAAUUAUCCUGCCACAUUUAGUUUGCAUGUACGAGGAUCAGCUACAAUCAAUGGAUGGAGAGUCAAAACUGAAAGUCUAGUCCAACAAGUUAGGUCAAACUACACACUUGCACUUGGAAUCGUGGUAAAAAAUGUCAGUGUUGCGAAUUUGCUUAGAACAUUAUUUGGCAUCAAAUUAUCGAAUUCAACAACUUUUCUCCAAAACCGUUCCACAAUAGGAAUGGUAGUUUCCAGUGUUGCUCUUUCUAAUCUUACAUUUGACAACAAAGUCUUGAGUAAGGUCCAUACUACUUCUGGCUUGUCUCUCAUCGUUCUCCUUAAGCUACCAUCUAGUCGUGGUAUCAAUUUGUUGUGCAAACUUGCAAAAUUGGCUCCAACAAGUGAACUAAUCUUAACCAGCGACGUUUCAUCUAUCAACAAUUUAGUCUUAUCUGCACAUAUAGGAGACAUACCUUUCGGAUUGGAAUUGAAUAGAAGCGAAUACAGAAAAUCCCAAACAGCGUUGCACAAACGGCUGGAAAUGUUGACGGUCUCUCAAAUUUAUCCAAGCAGUACUUCUCUCAUAAAGCGGUCGGACCUCAGAGAAAGUCGCGUACGUCGUUCUUUAUCGUCACUUCUGCUAAAGCAAUCGUUUCUAAACUUCAGGUUGGGCUCUCGUCAACACAAUGUGGACGUGUCUGCAGAACUAGAUCUCAAUGUUAUGGGCGAAAAACUUCAGUUCAGAGGAACAGUUAGACAAGCAGGGAUUCGUCUGGAACUUGAAAUGAGGAUGAUUAAAUGGUGGAAGAAAGCUUUCUAUUUACCAUUCUUGUCAUUAGGGAAUGGUUUGCUGGCAUUUGACUUUUACCCCUCUUCAACAAUCACCACACUUCAACUAAAAGCAGACAUCAAAAUUGGAAAUAUUGGUAACGGAAGGAAGAUUCAAGCCACCGUAGACAUGCGCUUAGAUUUCGCUAAUCCAAGCAAAAACUAUUUUUACGGGCAUAUUUCAAAAUUUACAUUGGGUGUCUUACUGAAUGCAUUUGAUGUCAACGUACGACUUCCUCGAAUAAUUAGCGACAUGGGAUUUUCAAGAGGAAUGCAAAUAUCCUACACCUCAUCUCUAUAUCAAAUUAGAAGCAGCAGCAACAAUAUAAUUCCACCAGGAUGUUCAUUCUCUGGCUCAUUAAAUUUUCUGGGUCUACGAAUGUUUUCAAAAAUUGCUAUUCAACCAUUAUCUUACUUCGUAGAGGGUUGUUUGGAUUCAAAAAUAGAAAUACCUUUCGGCCUCGUUGCCAUUUACAAAUCAAGCAGUAAUCGUUAUUCCGGACCUUGCUUAAAGGCGAGCAUCGACUUUACAAGAGGCUUGGAUAUUGAUGUUUCUUUGGAGGGGUACAUAUCUCUAUUAGGAGGUCUCAUAACGACAGAAAUAAAAUUGAUUAUCACAGAAAGUAAAAUAGAAGCCAAAUUCUCAGCCAACCUUUUUCUUUUCAACCUAAACAUCGUAUUAAAAGGCAGCUAUGGCAAUUUGCUCUCAACAAGGUUGCAAAUGGCCGCCCAUGUGACAAUUGAUAUACUACGGAGAAUUGGACGCGCUGUCACAGGACUUCUUCGUUCCGCAGCAGAUAAGGCAACGAGUGUGGUGGAUGGUUUGCAAAGAAAGCUUGAUGAUGCAAAAGCAUAUCUUGACAAAGUAAAUAACUUCCUAAGUGCCAGACAAAGAGACGUCGACUAUGCAAGAAGAAAGCUUGAAGGUCCUAAGAGAGCUUUGCAACGUGCAAAACAAAAAGUAGACAGCCUUUGCAGGAUACGUUCGUGCUCGUUGUCUUGUCUCGGCUGCCCUGGAUGGCGGUCCUGUUGUUGGAAAGUGUGGGGAAAGUGCUUCGGCUGUCCCUCUUGGAAAAGUUGUUGCUAUAGAGUACGUGAUCCGAUAUGCGUAGCAGCAAAUGUUCUUUGCCGUACGGUCCGAGGUGCAGCGUACCUUGCUCUGUCAGCUGCAGAAUUAGCGUACGAUGUCGUUCUCUCCCCUUUUAGACUAGCCGUCGCAGCAUUAGAAGCGGCAAAGUUAGUUGUGAGCGCGGCCAAAGUUCCCUUCGAUGCUGCAAAACUUGCUCUUGAAGUGGGUAAACAAACCGUGAGGUUGGGGUUAAAGGCGGCUGAAUACUUGGCAGAAGCUGUACUCGGUUACAUUGUCGACAUCAGAUCAAUCAAAUUUGAUGUGGGUGUUGAUCGGUUCUUACCAAGCUCUAUUUCGGCAAGCGUUGAUGUAGUAUUUUUUAACCGAAUCAGAAAAAGGCUCUCCUUCACUUUAAAUCUCAAAUCAAUGAAUAUCGUUUCGUUUUUGGCUAACAACAUUUUACCAGGAAUAGUAAACUUUCGUAGACGGAGGAGUGUCAGAAGCAUUGUGAAGGAAGUUUCUUCUGAUUCAUUGCACAAACCAGCACCUCAUGUUAGAGAAGACAAAAAACCUGUCACAAAAGAUGACCCGAAACACGAUAAUCAUUUACUAAUGCAGAAUUCUAAUAUAUCGGUUGUUGCAAUCACAAGCAGAAAUAUGACGCAAAUGUUAAAUGAAUUACACAAUCAUUUUGCUCUUGAAAGAGAUGAAGUAAGGCAACAAACAGUAGAUCCGUUAUCGGAAGCCACUACUCAAUUGGCAGUUUCUUGGAAUGAAUCUGCUCGGCCGGAAAUAAACGGAUCGUCUAGAAAACUCUACAACACUUUGCAAACGAAGACUACAGACCAAUGUGCUAUACUGACUCUCCUUACAAGGCUGACGAAGACUUUCAAAACACUUUUAUGGAAUGAGUACAAAGAGUGGAAAUACUCGGUGGCCCAAUUUAGCACUGAAGUUCGUCAACAUCGCUAUGAAACUCUUCAUUUCACAUAUAUUAAAAAACAAUUAAGUGUCAUCGUUGCAUCUGAAACAGAAAACUUAGCAAACACAUUGGAAAGAUCUACAGAAAUAACGGAACAAUUUCAAAAGGACGCCAAAGAAGAAGAUCAACUAUUGGAUGAUGUGAUCAAAGAGGUCCGAGCGUUUGAUGAAGCAGUCGAUGGUAAACUCACUCAAUUCAAUCAAAUUGGAGGGCAGCAGUUACUCAAGAAAAUCGAUUCAAGGUUUUACAAGGAAAUGGGUCUUUCAUUCAUACAGUAUCUACAACAACAGCUGCGAAAGCUAGACAAAAGCUUGACUGUAUGGAAAAUCACUACGAUUACCAAUCAACUGCGCAAUAAAUCGUUAACAAUCAUGUUAACGCUAACAGACCUAAUGACGGCAAACAUGAAGCAACUAGAAAUCAAUAUGAACUGCCGUCGUCCACGUCUACAGACGACGUCAAUAACAACAUAAAAAUUAAACGACAGCGGAAAUACAGUAUGAGUGACUGCACCCAGAGACGGUGCUAAAUGCAACUUUAUUUAUAAUAGAAUUGCUUCCUUUAGCAAUAUCUCUUUAUGACACAAAAUCAAGUCAUUAGUGGCGAUUGUCAUUUGACUCUCUGCAUGUUCUAUUGAUGUAGAAAGAUGAAGAAGGGUUGUUGUUGCACCUUGAGUUGUCAUGUA